AUGACAGAAUUGAAUGCAGGGAGAUAUCACUGCUACUCUUACACCUCUAUUGGAUGGACAGAAUGCAGUACCACCUUAGAGCUGGUGGUGACAGGAAAACUUAAGAAACCCACUCUAAGGGCUUGGCCAGGAUCUGUGAUUGCCUCAGGAAAUAAUGUGACCAUAUUGUGUAAGGGGACAAAGGGAAAGCAACCAAUGUAUUUCCUCUAUAAAGAAGGAAGCCCAGGACCCUGGGACAGUCAAACUCCAAAAGAUCCUGGUAACAAGGCCAUGUUCUCAAUAGCACCCAUGGAACAGCAUCAUGCAGGAAAAUACAACUCUGCUGGCUGGACAGAGCGCAGUGAUACUCUGGAGCUGGUGGUGACAGGUGUUCACCAUGGUAAACCUACUCUGUCAGCUUUGUCCAGCCCUGUGGUGACCCCAGGUGGGAAUGUGACUCUUAAGUGUGUCUCAUCUAAAGGAUAUGAUUGGUUCAUUUUGACUGGGGCAGAUCCAAAUUUCUCCAGGUCCCCAAAAGCACAGUUUAUAUGCACUGGACAGUCCCUAGCUCUGUUUCCUGAGAUCACGUUGGCAUCCAGCAAAACUGGGCCCUUCAGAUGUUAUGGAUACUAUACAAAUACACCGCAUAUGUGGUCAGAAGCCAGUGACCCUUUGGAGAUACAUGUCUCAGGACUGUCCAAGAAUCGCUCCCUGCCGACCUUCAAAGGCCCUGUCCUGGCUCCUGGAGAGAAACUGAUCCUCAAGUGUUCCUCUAAGACAAGUUAUGACAGAUUUGCUCUGUUUAAGAAGGGGGAAAGUGGCCUCACCCAGGUCUCUGUCCAUCAGUCUCAGGAUGGACAUUUUCAUGCCAAUUUUACCUUAGGCUCUGUGAAUUCCUCCAUUGGUGGUCAGUAUAGAUGCCUUGGUGCACACAGUUCCUCCUCUGAGUGGUCAGCCCCCAGUGACCCUCUGGACAUCCUGAUCACAGUCUCACAGCUUCAAGAUCACACAGUGGAGAACAUCAUUCGGAUGGGCAUUUCCGGUUUGAUUCUCACAGUACUUGGGAUUUUGCUGUUUGGGCUUGCCCCAGCCAGAAAAGACCUUGAUUGCAUCCAAGAAGUGAAGAUGAGAGAUGACCACAGGCUUGCAUCAUUACUAUCUCUGAAAAAUAAAUUUGUUAAUAUUUAGUCUUUUUUAAAAGAAAAUUUAAUGUUUAAAAUGGGUAUGACUUAUAAGAAAAGAUCCAGGAAUCACAUGUGUUUUGGAUGCAGGAAAGCAUCAAAAUGUUGGUUGGAGAGCUCUUCCAUCACCACGUUAAGGCUCGUACCCUCUACCUUACUGUGGACUUUGAAGAAUUUUUCCUUCGACUCUUUUUUAGAGGGGAACUUAUUGUCCCUUUAAUGAGGUUUGGUCCUGAUCUUUAUAUAUCCUCUGCUUCCCCCAGUUUCUUGUCAUACUUUAUUUUAAAUCAUCACAUUUCUUAUUAUGAACAUCUGUUUUGGUGGAAGUUUUUACUACUAUGAAUAUGAAAUUUGACUCAAUAAG